CAUUAUUCUUCUCCCCCCAUCCAGCAGCAGCGCACCACCACAGCAUGAAAUUGUUGGAUCUUCCAACAGAACUAAUCGAACGUAUAAUUGGCUUCUUUGUUAGAGAUACAGGACCGUUGUACGUAUCCGACUACCGACUUGUCUGCACACCCAAGUACAACGUCGGGAAAAGGAGGGGAUUAGAGAAAAUUGACGCGGUUCAGGUGCUGAAGGAAGGCAGUUGUUCAGUUCUACGUGCUGUCAUACAAGACGGUUACCUGGAUCCCAACGAAGCAAUUUGUGACGUCACACCGCUUGCUUUGGUGGUAAACUUCCAUCGCUACGACCUCGCUCGAGUACUUAUCCAACACGGUGCCUAUGUUGAUGGCGUACCCGACACGGGAAAACCUGUGACCGCGUUGUGGCACGCAGCUAGAGCGGGUUAUCGCGGAUAUGGAGACGAUGUCUUGCCUGGAGUAAAGUUUCUUGUCAGACAUGGAGCGGAUCCUGAUUUUGGAGGGGACUGGAGAUCUCCGCUUCAAGCUGUGGAAGGGCUGUGGCCCGACGUGCAGUAUCUCUUACGACAGGCAAAAGACCAUGGCCAGGACGUGGCGCUAAGCCCGGAAACAUGGAGAAAGUACGAAGAGAGACCUGUAAGGGAUACACCCGUCGUCGUUGACCAAAACUCGUCUUGUGGAGUUAGUGAACGCGUAAGAUCGUGGGAAUCAGACCAAGAAUGAAAGAUACGCCAUUUUAGAAUAGAAAAGGACUUCAUUUGAAAACAGUAAACAGUACCUAGAAUAUAUUCAUGUGGUACUUGAGCCACUGUUGGCCAGCAAAACGCCAUGAUCUCUCUGUAACCGUACACUGGAUAUCACAAAUACAAUGGAUCGUA